AUGAAGGAGUGGUGGGUGCAGGUGGGGCUGCUGACCGUGCCCCUCCUCGCUGUCUACCUGCACAUCCCGCCCCCAAAGCUCUCCCCAGCUCUCCUCUCCUGGAGAUCCUCUGGAGGCUUCUUCACCUACAAGGACCAGAACAUCUUCUACAGAGAUUCAACCGGCGCCGUUGGCAGCUCCGACGUCGUCGUCCUCCUCCACGGCUUCCCAACCUCCAGCUACGACUGGUACAAGAUCUGGGAAGGGCUGACCCAGCGGUUUCACCGGGUGAUUGCUCUGGAUUUCGUAGGAUUCGGUUUCAGUGACAAGCCUAGGCCCCACCGCUACUCCAUCUUCGAGCAAGCCAGCAUCGUCGAGGGGCUGGUGCGUCACCUCGGCCUCCGCCACCAGAGGAUCAAUCUCCUGUCCCAUGAUUAUGGAGAUACAGUCGCACAGGAGCUGUUGCACAG